UAACCAUUUCAUUGAAGGUUUUUUACAAUUGGACUUGUACUUCUGAAUUUCCGGGGAGAGAACAUCGAGCGACACUGAAAUAGACAAACCCACCAACCGAAAAAAGCGCCAUUCACUUCCCUUAUCUGCACUCCAUCCUCCGAGCCUAGAGAAACGGUGGUCGUUGUGGCGGUGAUUUGAUAACUGUAAGUCCAACACCAUUAGCAACGACAUGGACAACAAGAACGUCAUCGUCUGCGACAAUGGCACUGGGUAUGUCAAGUGCGGUUUUGCGGGGGAAAACUUUCCCACCUCUGUGUUCCCUUGCGUGGUGGGAAGGCCGAUGCUGAGAUAUGAAGAAUCCCUCACGGAACAGGAGCUGAAGGAUAUUGUUGUCGGAGACGCUUGCUUAGACUUGCGGCAUCAAUUAGAUGUUUCUUAUCCAGUCACGAAUGGUAUCGUGCAAAAGUGGGACGAUAUGGGUCAUGUGUGGGACCACGCUUUUUUUAAUGAGUUAAAGAUAGAUCCAACAGAAUGCAAAAUUCUUCUUACAGACCCACCUCUCAAUCCCUCGAAAAACCGUGAAAAAAUGGUUGAGACCAUGUUUGAGAAGUACAACUUCGCUGGUGUCUUCAUCCAAAUUCAAGCUGUAUUAACAUUGUAUGCUCAAGGUUUACUGACUGGACUUGUUAUCGACUCUGGCGAUGGUGUCACUCAUGUGGUUCCAGUUGUUGAUGGCUACUCGUUCCCCCAUCUAACAAAACGAAUGAACGUAGCUGGCCGGCACAUAACUUCUUAUCUUGUUGAUCUACUUCAACGUAGAGGGUAUUCGAUGAAUAGGAAUGCUGACUUUGAGACUGUUAGAGACAUCAAAGAGAAGCUUUGCUAUAUAAGUUAUGACUACAAAAGGGAGUAUCAAUUGGGACUUGAGACUACCAUCCUUGUUAAGAAUUAUACUCUGCCAGAUGGAAGGGUCAUCAAAGUUGGCACCGAAAGAUUUCAGGCCCCUGAGGCUCUUUUUACUCCUGAGCUCAUAGAUGUUGAAGGUGAUGGAAUGGCUGACAUGGUAUUUCGUUGUAUUCAGGAAAUGGAUAUCGAUAAUCGAAUGAUGCUCUACCAACACAUAGUUUUAAGUGGAGGGAGUACUAUGUAUCCUGGAUUGCCUAGUCGCCUGGAGAAAGAAAUUUUAGACCGUUACCUUGAAGUUGUUUUGAAGGGAAACAAGGAUGGGUUGAAGAAACUACGGUUGCGAAUAGAGGAUCCGCCACGAAGAAAGCACAUGGUGUACCUUGGAGGGGCAGUCCUUGCAGGAAUUAUGAAGGAUGCACCUGAGUUCUGGAUUAGCAGAGAAGAUUACCUGGAAGAGGGAGUUGCCUGCCUAAGCAAGUGUGGCCAGACAUGAUUUUUUCUUUUUUUGAAGCAAUCUGCUACCGUUCUCAUGAUAGAACUCUUGUCUGCUGCCUUGCCGUGCCCUUAACGUCUACUGAGAAGUUGUGUUGUAUUAAGCAUUACUUCAUUUGUAUCUUGAAAGUUGGUUUGUAUCUUGAAAGUUGGUACUCAUUUCUGCUUGGUUAUUAUGCAGAUGAGUUUCGUGUCUAUUUGAACCAUUGUUGUACUAAAAUUUUCAUUGGAUCCUAUCCAGUCCGUCUACUAUACAGGGAAAGAAAUGAACUUUUGGAGUUUUAGAC